GAAUCUGAACGUCUGUUUAUAUUCUGUCUGUCCUCUUUGCCAUUCUACAGAUCGAAGCUGGAGAAGGAAGAGUGUACAAGUGUCUGUUUAACCAUAAGUUCGAGGAGUCCAUGAGUGAGCGGGUAUGUUACACUGCAGAGUCUCUAGGCCAGUUUCUAAAUAACUGCACACUCUAUCAUAUUGUGUCACUGCCGUCUGCAUCAUCUAUUCUGUCUACAGUAUGAUAAUUAAGUGAAUUAUUUUAAAUAUGUAAUAUUUGUUGAAGUUCUUUACCAUUAGUGAUCACAUGAUGCAGAAUGAGUAAAGGGACACUCCGCAGCCUUUGCAAGCCCUCCCCUUCUAACCCUGCCCAGACAUUCUGUGGCUGUCCAAUCACAGACUACCCAAUGCAGCUCAAUUAGAAGUCUUUGCAAGGCAGGUGCUCUGGGCAAUUGCUGCCUCUUGAGUUUAUCUUCACUGAGCUAAACAAACCAGGAUGUAACGGGACCAGUUGUCUGACAGCCAGGGGGUGUAACAAGGUUAAUUGAGGUUAACCUAUUGAAAUCUGCACUUUUUUAAAAUGAAAAAAGGACACUCUUGCAUAAAGCUUUUCAGCAAGCGAAACUGCUUUAGGGGUCUGGAGUGUCCAUUUAAAAUUUACUUUGGGUUACAUGUGCUUGCACAUGACCCUACUUUGCUGUACAUCUGUAGAUCUUUAGCAUAAUGUUCAUAUAUAACACAUCUGUACCACUGGGUACCUCCGCCAAGGACUGCUUCCUUGCUGGAACAGGGGACAAACCUCAGCACUCUUGCCCACAGUCGCCGUGGCUUGACUGGGGUCCUGGAGCCGAAUGACGAGUUUGCUCUAGACACCCCCAGGCACUGGACGACACUCAGUCCUGGGAGCUCUAGUCCUUACAAGGACUUUACCCUGUUGAAUCCUCCCCACUGGAACAGUGAUUAGUGAUUAGCCCUUUCCCUCCCAGUAACCAGACGACACGUAGUUCUGGGAGUACAAGCUGGAAUGUUUUAAUCUAGCCAGAUGGCCUGAUUUUAUACAUUUACACAGUUAAGCACGCACCUGACACUCCCACAGAAAACAGGAUUAUCCCUCUUCUGGACCUGAGAGGGGACCAAUUACAAACUACUCCUCUGUGCCUGAGAGAUAAUGGAGUGGUUCAGGAACUAUCUUCGGGCAAAGAAAAACAUACAAUAUUACAAAACCCCCUAAAUACCUUUAAAACACAUAAAAACCCCACAAAAGUUACGUCCUCAACAGACCCGAUCUGGAUGACCAACAUAUCCAAAAAUCACCCAGAUCAGUUCAGGGGUUCAGGAAUUUCCUGGAAGUCAUAAUUUUGACCCACCGUGCACAUGGUCCUAUGCCCAAAACAGUUCCAUGAAAUCAGUGCUAAGUCGGUCAGGUUUGGUAGUCUUUUACAGGUUUCCCUGCAGGGCCCAUAGUCUGUGGGCAGGAGGCUGGCAAGCAGGCUCCUCCAGGUAAACUCAUGUGGGACGGGGAGUUUGUCACAAUAUCUAAUAGGUGCUUUAGAAAUUUUCUGUCAGCGAAAAUGUUAACUUUUUAUGGGUGGAGCGUUCCCUUUUGGUUUUGCUUCAAUAUUGCUGUGCCCCGUCUUGGGUCAACCUAUUGUGCUGUCCUGUAGCAAAGUCUUGUUUUGUUUUAUACAACUUCUUUCUCUAGUUUUCAGGUUAAUGCUGACGUUUUCUUGAUGCCUUUUUAUUUCCCCCGCAGUGCCGUGAUGCACUCACCACAAGACAGAAGCUCAUAGCUCAGGAUUACAAAAUAAGUUAUUCUCUAGCAAAGUCCUGCAAGGCUGAUCUAAAGAAAUACCGCUGCAAUGUUGAGAAUCACCCACGUUCCAGGGAGGCGCGUCUCUCCUACCUCCUACUGUGCCUGGAGUCCGUUGUACACAGAGGUAUGAUCCUGAGAACCCCAUUUGUUUAGAUUUGGUUUGCCGUGUUCAAUUGAACUGGUAAAUUGAUUCCUCUGACGUUGCUAAGAAGUGGUUGCCAUCUGUUCUUUCUGGUCAGAUCUCCUGUGUCAAUCACAUCAUUUCUCUGAGCCGUGGUUCAUUGCCCAUUGAAGCCUUUAAUACAUUUUCUAGUUGUGCUGCUUGUUUAGCGCCUGUACUCCUCGCCUUCCUGCCAUUUCUCACAAGCAUUGUUCUCUGUAUCUUGUUUGUCUGGUCUAGGCCGCACGGUAAGCAGCGAGUGCCAGGGAGAGAUGCUGGAUUACAGGCGAAUGUUGAUGGAGGACUUUUCACUGAGCCCGGAGAUCAUCCUGGGCUGCAGGGGGGAGAUCGAACACCAUUGCUCGGGACUUCAUAGGAAGGGGCGCACCUUGCACUGCCUUAUGAAAGUUGCGCGUGGAGAGAAGGGUAACAUUGCUGAGAAAUGUCAGUCGGCGGUAAGUUUAGAUUUGUGUUGCUUGGUCACUCCAUGUCCAACGUGCCUUCAUACUGGUUUUUAACUGCCCUCCCUCAAUUUCUCAGCUCCAAACCUUGGUUCAGGAGGUGGACCCUGCAAAUGAUUACCGCAUUGACCGCGCUUUGAACGAAGCCUGCGAAUCUGUCAUUCAGACGGCCUGCAAGCACAUUCGUUCUGGAGACCCCAUGUGAGUAUUAGUGUAGCCCUCUGUGUAUCACAAUGUGUCAGGUUUCUGCCAUGUUAAUUGUUUUCGUUCUGAGAGUGGGCCUUCAGAGGAAGCAUUAAUGUACUAAUUAGCAUUGAGAUAUAUAUAUAUAUAUAUAUAUAUAUAUAUGUAUAUGUAUAUGUAUAUGUAUAUGUAUAUAUAUAUAUAUAUAUACACACUCCAAAAUACCAGAGUAUUGCAGUAUGCAAUUAUACCUUUUGUAUUGUACUAACAUAAUAUUUCAAAGACAAGCAAGAGUUUUUCCUCUUAGGUCUGAAGCAAUAAGCAAUACUGAUAGAUCUGAUAGUUUAACACUUAAAACAGCUGAUGUUAGAAGAGGGGAGGGUGAGUGAGGUGGCAGAUAUAUAGAGAUAUAUACAUAUAUACACACACCAAUAGAUUGUGGUGGGUAAAAAAGUGCUUAUGAAAACCCCCUCCACCUGAAGUGGAUGGUUAAUACAUUGCUAAACACAAAUACACUCACCAGUCAAGCCAUAAGACUUGCUUUUCCCACAGAAAUCUCACUUUAACAGUACUCUCACUACUGCAAGGGAUUCUGGGUAGGUGUAUGCAAAUGAGCUCAACAUAGAUCCACCUAUUUGCAUCAUAAUUUUACUUCAUACAUGGAUUCCUGGAGUAUGUGUCUGCUGUAUAAACAGCUUUGAAUCACAACUCAGGAAGAGGAGCAAAGCCAGUGAACCACUCAUGGACAGCCGUUUUGUUGUUAAUGCAACUCAUCAGCAUGAGAUUGGUUACUGGCUGGCUAUGGAGGCUUGGCGUUACUUAUGAAGUACAUACCAAAAGAGUCCCCGAAUUUGUAACCUCAUCUUUACUCAUCCCCAAUAGUUAACAUGUAUGUGGUAUGAGAAAUAUAACUAUGAAAUCCACGCUACUGUCAAUCAUUGUUAGAUCAUCUGUCAGUCUGCAAAAAGAGGAGUAAAACAAUUGUGCAUUUCAAUAUCGCAAAUUUCACAGAUUAGUAACUAAAUCCUGUAAAUAAUGUCAAAAUAACAGGCAUUUGGGUGUUAAACUCUAUAGUGGAAUGCGAUCCUGAGCUCCUUCAUUCCUCCUGUGAGAUACGUAGCUCAAAUCUACAGGUUGUAUUUUCAGCCUAAUGGUAAAUCUAGAUUGAUGUGAAAGGUUGUGUUUAUCAUAAAUGGCGGUAACACAUUUACCUUGUGCUUUGUAGCAGAAUAUGUAUUUAAAAGGACACUAUAUAAGCCACAAAAUCCAAGCACCUCAAAGAAGUGAAUUUGGGGCACUGUUUACAUUUUGCAAUGCCCAGGGAUACAGAGACUCCAUUAUUAAAUAUGUUUGAUAUCGGACAUCCGCACUAAAUAUACAGAGGUUAUGUGGUAUCAGAUGCUUCUCAUGGAUUGGAGAACUGCAGUGUGUGCAGCCAUGUAUGGUGUCACAUGAUUGUGAAGAUGACAAUCUGUCUACACAUGUAUGGGUUUCUUCAUGUGGUGGAGCACAACACUUGGCGCCACAUCCUGAGCUAACGUAUAUCAUUCUCCUUCCUGCAGGAUCCUGUCUUGCCUCAUGGAACACCUAUACACAGAGAAGAUGGUGGAAGAGUGUGAACAUCGCUUGUUAGAACUGCAGUACUUCAUCUCCCGUGAUUGGAAGUAAGAUUAAACAUGAGUUUCUCUUUGGCUGCUGAGGUCAGACCAAACGUUCUAUGGUUUGGAGGAUUGCUCAGCUGUGAGAUGUUCUAAUCUCUGAUUCUCUUCACAUUGCAGACUAGAUCCCAUUCUUUACCGCAAGUGCCAAGGAGACGCCUCGCGACUCUGCUUUGCUCAUGGCUGGAAUGAUACCAGUGAGACCAUGCCAGCAGGGGCUGUGUUUUCCUGUCUUUACCGACAUGCCUACCGCACUGAGGAGCAGGGAAGGAGGGUAAGAAAAGUGAAAACCACAGGGAAAUAGUCUCUUACCAGUCAUCCCAGAACCAGGGGACAGUGUGAAACUAAACAUUUCCAACUGCAGGAGCUGGAGAUGUCCUGAGAUUAACCAGCUACAAUGCAUUGUACUUAUUAAAACCUUCCAAACCUACAGCUCUAGUGCUCUCUGUACUUCACAGACGGUACAGCAAUUCUGAGAAUCUAAUUAUUGACAUUUUACAAAUGCAGCAACCGGAAAGGUUCCGGCAGUUUGGGCCAUUUCACACUGUCCUCCGGAGUUGCAAUAUGCCUAUAAAGUUCUUGUUAUACAGUGUGUGCUGUGGUUCAAUGUAAGUAUUCCUACUGUCCCCUGUAGCUGUCUCGUGAAUGCCGUGCGGAGGUGCUCCGUAUUCUCCACCAGCGGGCGCUCGAUGUGAAGCUGGAUCCUGGGAUGCAGGCCAAGUGCAUGAGUGAUCUGGGCAAGUGGUGCAAUGAGAAGACAGAAACUGGUCAGGUGAGCGUAGUGACUGCACAUUAAUCUUGUUCCUCUAACUGUGCCAGUCCCUUUGUAGAAGGCAGUGUCUUUCACUUGAUGGCAAUAAAAUAUGUUGCCGAGCAUUACUAAAUGUUUCCAGGCGUUCCUCUUGCAGCAAACUCUGUGUCUGUCUUCUGCAGGAGUUGGAGUGUCUGCAAGACCACUUGGACGACCUCCUUGUGGACUGUAGAGAGGUUGUGGGUAACCUAACUGAGCUGGAAUCAGAGGUGAGCUGAAGGAUGGGGUUGGGCUGUGCCCGCACUGGCUAGGAUGGGGUCUUGUAACCGGUUUCUCUCUUACUUGUAUCCAUACCUGGUGUCUCUUUAAUUCCCAGGACAUACAGAUUGAAGCUCUUCUGAUGAGGGCCUGUGAACCAAUCAUUCAGGGAUAUUGCCAUGUAAGUGACCGUUGGUCAUCUUUGGGGUAGAUUUGGGAAACUGUGUCCUUUUGUCCUAGUGGGAUGUGACGCGCUCUCUGUGCUCCCAUUUAGGAGGUAGCUGACAAUCAGAUUGACUCGGGUGAUCUCAUGGAGUGUCUCAUACAGAAUAAGCACCAAAAGGAGAUGAACGAGAAGUGUGCCGUGGGGGUCACUCACUUCCAAUUGGUAAGACCGGCUCGCCAUUAUUUAAUACUCUAACCAUGUGUACACCACAGUCUUAUAAGGUGUCCCCUUUUCAUGUCAUCUUCUGCAUUUUUAUUCUUUUUUUUUUUGGCCAGGUCCAAAUGAAAGAUUUUAGAUUCUCCUACAAGUUCAAAAUGGCCUGUAAAGAAGAUGUCCUCAAACUGUGUCCAAAUAUAAAAAAGAAGUAGGUGUUUCCAUUCCUUAAAGGUCUCCUUUAUUCCUUCACACGAUGACUAGUCACCAUUUGUUCUACCUCGUCGUUAAUCCACAAUUCUUGUUAAUCGCCGCUGUUCUCAUUGCAGGGUUGAUGUUGUUAUUUGCCUCAGCACUACUGUCCGUAAUGAUACUCUCCAAGAGGUCAAAGAUCAACGCGUUUCACUCAAGUGUCGGAAGCAGCUGAGGGUUGAAGAGCUGGAGAUGGUGGGUGUGAUCAUAAGGAUAUUGGACAGGAUUCAAAUAACGUCUAUAUCAGCCUGUGACCUUGAAAAACCCUCAGUCUGUAUCCCUUGUGCUGUCAGUGAUGUCACCGUAUUUGAAGCCGGCGCUUGUAUAGAUCCCAAGCGUUUUAUUGCUUAUCACCACAUGACCGGCACACCAAGAAAUCAGUUGCCAUUAAUAAGAGCAGCGUCUCCACUUACUGUCAGAGUGAACAGUUCUGAGAAAUUUUGUGAACUGUCCUACAAAUGUGAAUGUAAUGAUUGCCCCCAUGCUUACCGAUGGAUUUCUUAUCCUACCGCUGCACAAUCUAGCACAUGCGGGUGAAAAAAACAUCCAACUGUGUGUUGCAAGGAACCUAAUCCGCUGUCUGUUUAAUUAAACAUCACGUUGUAGUAGUUCACAGGCACAUAAUGACUGACAUUUACUGUGUCCUUUCUCUCCCAGUCUGAGGACAUUCGUUUGGAGCCAGAGCUGUAUGAGGCCUGUAAGAAUGACAUCAAGAGCGUCUGUCCUAACGUGCCCUAUGGAAACGCCCAGGUGAGCAGUUGUGGCACUGAUCCUUGUGAAGCUCAGGAGAGCCAGUCUGUGUGGUUUUUAUAAUGGAUAUCAUUGAAUUACAUUGUGGCUUACUGUUUUUUGUAAACAUGUGACGACAUAAUGUCGAUCGCAUGGAGUAUUUGGUACCAAACCUGCAAUAAACCAUAAUGUCAAUAUUAUUUCAUUCCUUUUGAUUUUAAACUACUGGAAAACUUAAUAGCCAGAUGUGCUGCUGAGUCAUCCAAGAUCUGACCGAUCUGCUCUUAUUUGGUUUUUGUUCCAGAUUAUUGAGUGUCUGAAGGAGGGCAAGAAACACCUGUCCUCCCGAUGCCACCAGAAGGUUUUCAAACUCCAGGAGACAGAAAUGAUGGACCAGGAACUAGAUUAUACAUUAAUGAGGGUCUGCAAACAGAUGAUCAAGGUAUAGAUUGGACUGUCAUCGCUCCACUUGGUAGAAUUGAAUACUGUUCCUCUGCGACAAGUCAACACUUUUUCUUUUUACAGAGAUUUUGCAGCGAUACAGAUUCAAAGGGCAUUCUGCAUUGUCUGAAACAGAACAAGAACUCUGAAACCAUGGAUCCCAAAUGCAAACAGAUGAUCACCAAGCGGCAGAUUACGCAAAACACAGGUUAGAUUUAACUUCUACACAGUGAUUUAUCUGCACUGCUGACAAUUUAUUAAAAACUUACAAUUUUGGUUUUACCGUUGUGACUGGUUACACGUUGUGUCCCAGUGCCCCCCUCGCCGUGACUGGUUACAUGUUGUGUCCCUGUGCCCCCCUCGCCGUGACUGGUUACACGUGGGGUCCCUGUGCCCCCUUUGCCGUGACUGGUUACACGUGGGGUCCCUGUGCCCCCUUUGCCGUGACUGGUUACACGUGGGGUCCCUGUGCCCCCUUUGCCGUGACUGGUUACACGUGGGGUCCCUGUUGCCCCCCUUCGCCGUGACUGGUUACACGUGGGGUCCCUGUGCCCCCCUUCGCCGUGACUGGUUACACGUGGGGUCCCUGUGCCUCCCUUCGCCGUGACUGGUUAUACGUCGGGUCCCUGUACCCCACCCCCUCCUGCCGUGACGGGUUACACUUUUUGUCCCUGUCAUUGUUGGCCCAUGUGUCUCUGCUGAGUGGUUACAUGUUACCUGUCUCUCUAUACUGGCUCAUUUCAAUGUUCUGAAAUCUGUUUUUAAUACUGCAGAUUAUCGGCUCAAUCCUUUACUGCGGAAAUCUUGCAAAGCAGACAUCCCCAAAUUCUGCCAAAGCAUUCUGAAUAAUGCAAAAGAUGACCAGGAACUGGAAGGGCAGGUGAUCUCCUGCCUGAAAGUCAAAUAUGGAGAACUGGUGAGCAAUGGGGAAUAGAAUCAUUAGUUCGAUAACUAAGCCUUUAUUUUAUCUCCGGUCUGCUUUGACUUUUAAACAGUUAGCACUUUAGGGUGUUCUAUUGAGCAUCAAUCUCUCUACGACCCAGAAUUAAUUUCCAUCCAAACUGUAAUGCAACCUGUACAAGUGUGCUUGUAUUCUGUUUCCAUUAAACAAAAAACAGCUUGUGACUGUUUUAUUUCUGUUUCCCAGCGAUUAUCUACAGACUGUGAGGACCAGAUUCGGAUAAUUAUCCAAGAAACUGCUCUAGAUUACCGCCUUGAUCCCCAGCUGCAGAUCCAGUGCUCGGAAGAGGUAACUACAUUGUGCAAAUCUUGAGGGGGAGGUGGAACGUUUUGUAUAUGGCUUGUCCAUAAUUCAUUUCAUCUUUAAACAGAUUAAUUCUCUGUGCGGGGAAGAGGCCGCUGCCCAGGAACCCACAGGACAGGUGGAAGAAUGUUUGAAAAUGAAUUUACUGAAAAUUAAAUCUAAUGGCUGCAAAAAGGUAAAUGAAUCUGACGUUCUCGUGGGGUGGUUGUUUCCUUAUGCUGUUUAUCACAUUCAUCCCUUCACCUAUUUUUAUUGACCUUAAUAAAGCACAUUUAGACUAGAGCCAAGUUUGCCCUCACUAAUACAUCAAAGACUAAGGAAGGAAGGUCCUAUCGUUCACGUUUUUCCGUUUUGGUGGGUAACCUAAAGUACGGUUUGUGUAGUCUUCUUUUAGCCAAGUUUGGUAAAGUCUAGUUCUUUGCGAGAGUGAUUGCUUGAAUGGAUGUGACUUUUUAGAUUCUCUUUAACCCUUUGAAUCCAUGACAGGAAGUGCUGAACAUGCUGAAGGAGAGUAAAGCUGAUAUUUUUGUGGAUCCUGUCCUGCACACAGCCUGCGCCUUAGAUUUAAAGCAUCACUGUGCUGCGAUUCCACCUGGCAGAGGAAGGCGUGAGUAUCUGUUACUUUAACACGCUUCUUGUGGCUCUGGUAAUCAGAACUAUAAGGGAGAAUUUCUGAAAUAUAUCAUAGUUGCACAUUGUGUACAGCCAUCGCUGGGUCUCCAAUUGUCUGUCUGGGUUGAUGGAGAAAGGUCUCUGUGUUCAGUGCUGCUAUAAGCUAAAGCGCAGGGCUUUAGCCGACUUUCAGCUCUCCAGAUUGAUUGCAUCUCCCAUAAUGCUCAGACAGCCAUAAUGCUGGCAAAUCGUCAAUGGAAGACGUAGUCGACAACAUCUAGAGUGCCGAAGGUUUCCUACCCUUGCAAUCCAGUUUAGUUAAAUAAUAUUCUCCUGAUUGUUGCAAUGAUAGCUUAAAUAUGCCAUAUCAAUUCAGCCACAAUAUUCAGGUUUUUAUUUUCUCAUUAAGCUACAAACCGAUGACACGUUAUUGGAUUCCCAGUCAGAAUUUAUUAAUGUGUGAAUUUGGUGGAAUUAAAGUGUAGUUUAAUCGUCCAUGUGAGCACUGACACUGAGCCUUCCUGUCCUGCAGAGAUGUCCUGCUUGAUUGAAGCGUUACAAGAUAAAGUGGUCCGGCUGCAGCCCGAGUGCAAGAAACGGCUCCAGGAUCGGCUGGAUAUGUGGAGUUAUGCAGCCAAGGUAUCUGUUCCUUUUUAGGACAAACCCCCGAGGGGGAGGUCACAUUGAUCAGUGCUCUCCUUCCUGCCAGUAGCCAGCUCUCUGUGUGCCAUUGGUAGUCAUUCAUUCUAGUAUGUGUCAGCAGUACAGCCCCCUCAGCGAAGCAUGCCCCCCUGGCUGGGAUUGAGUGCACUGUCCUUAUUAAAUCCCACUCCGCAUAGUGCGCAGUUGUGGCGUGGUAUUGUCAGUGCAUUUCUCUGUCAAGGAAAAACUCCAGGCACUAGCUUGCUGAAGUGCUUUGUUACAGACUCUCUUAUUCGAUGGAAAUCGGCCUAGUUAUAUUUUGGGGUGAAAAUGCCUCUCUGGGUGUCACUCACACAGCUAAAGAGGUUUUCUUCAAGCAGUGAACAGAAGUGGCAGCCGCACUGGUCUAGUGCUAGCCAGUCUUCCACCCUUCUCUAUGAGUUGUACCACAGGUCUGCACUCAUGGCUCCUUCACAAUGUAUCUCAGUAAGAGCCGCCUGGUGUAUUCCCGGCACAGACACACAGACUGAUAGGAGGGCUUGCAAAGAUAGGCAGCAGGUCUGCAGCAUUUGCAAGCUAUUUUUUUCAUAUAUCUUCGAAGACAUGUAGAAAAAAUAAAAGCAUGUUUUCUUUGGAGGUAAUAUUUACUAAAUUGUUAUAAGUCAUUGGUAUGUUUUUAUCCCUAUCUUGACAUUAGGGUCCUCCCUCCAGCCUGUAUACUUCCGUUCCCCGUCAGACCUGAUCAGGGGCGGGGGCUACCUGACAAUAAAGGCAGACAGUCCCACCGAUUCAGAGUCGCGAUUUGGCUGCAGGGGGAUUGUCAGGCAAAUCCCUCAACAUAGAAUUCAUAAAGUCUCUUAAUUAUGUAAAAAUAGUACAUUAAUAUACACUUGAAUGAAAGUGUGUGUGUGUGUAUAUAUAUAUAUAUAUAUAUUUAUUUUUUUAAAGCCCUAUACAUUACCCUGUAACUUUCUAUAUCCCAAUAAAACAUGUACAUGGGGGGUACUGUUGUUCUGGUGAGACACCGCUGAUCACAAACAAUUGUUUUAGAGCAGUAAAAACGUUUAAUGACCAUAAUACCGGUGUCAGUCUUAUCCUGGGAGGUGUGACUAUAGGGCUGCAUAAACAAAGUGAUUUAACUCCUAAAUGGCAGAGAAUUGAGCGGGCAGAGUGCAGGAGCCUGAUCUAUACACCAACACUGCUUCAUUAAGGACGUUAAUUUGGUCCCUUUAAAAUGCGGUCCAGAACUUGGAAAAUAACAUGUUUUAAUUUCUCUCACUUUUUAGAAUUACUUGUAAAUUUAUGUUUCAUAGCUAAAUAUUUUAAUGUGAAAUGCAAGCUCGGUUUCUCCUGAACAAAAUGAUAUACAGGUAUAAGUAGGGGUACACUUUAUAUGAAAGAAAAGACAAUUCUGGUUGAGCAGUCUUUGUGUGAACUUGUUGUUUUCAUCCUGUAGGUGGCGCCAGCUGAAGGCUUUUCCGACUUGGCCAUGCAAGUGAUGAGCUCUCCGUCCAAAAACUACUUCCUGUCUAUCCUCAUGGUUGGGGUGUGUGUGCUGUUUUUUGGGGGCCUUUUUUGUGGGCGCAUCACCAAGAGGGUGACACGUGAGAUGAAAAACAGAUAGAGCAAUGGACACCCUCCUUCACCCCGAUCAAGAGCUUUGAAAAGUAGGGGCACUGGGGGAGGGAGGGCAGGCCUGUCACCAUGUGUACAGCUCUCCCAUGUAGUCCAGUCCCAUCUUCCUCCUUCCCACUCUUUUAACUGCAGUGGAAUUUGGAGGGAGCAAUGGAAAUAUUUGGGAUAAGUCCUCUUCUCCUCCACCCUCUCCCCAUCCACCCAUGUCUCAAUCUGCAUCUCUUCCCCUUCUAUUCAUCUAGCCCGCAGUUACUCUGACCAGCUGCAGAUGCCAACUAUAACCCCGACCACUUGAAAUGGCCUUCGAUCCCCGCACAGAAUCCAUUCUUUACCUAGUGCCGUGUUGCUCUCUUGGAUUUAACUGUUUAUUUUUGUCUUUGGGAGAGAGGGUAUUGGGAGUAUGUUUAAUUAUUUUAAGGACAUGCCUCCGAGAGCAGGAAUCGUGCCUCGGGGAUGCUCUCUCUGCCUCAUGCUCUUGGGAUGUGUGGGGGUAUUAAGGAUUGUGCACUUUCUGACCCUUCCUGAGCCUGGACGUCUGUGAGACGGGAUUUGUGCAAACCUUUUGGCUCCUGGUCUGCCAAAACCUUGAACUUUUGGACUCCUCCUCUACACUCCUUUCUCCCCCAGCAAUGUGCUUUAGUGAUAAGAUUUGCACGAAGAAUCAUGUUGGGGUAUUUAAAUUUUCAACCAUCAUGUAAACAGGAGUUUUUAAUGGUGCAGCUUGUCUCCUCCCCCUCUCUUCUUUUCGUUAGUUACAGUAAAAAUCAUUGAUUAAUCACAGCCAUCAUGCAAACAUGUCAUUUUUAGUUUUUUAUUGCGCUUCUUGUCUUCCACAUUAAAGGAUAAGCAGAAGACGUUCUACCAUACACCCCAUUACUGUUUUUAGAGCAAGUUGCACCUUUAAAGCUCAGUUUCUGUCUGUCUUUAAACCUGACCUGUUUUACUAAUCUUGCUCUUUCCAAUGAUGAAUGCAUUGUGAAACCUGUUGGGGAUUUGAUUUUGCUGCAAGUUGUUGGGCUCCGACAGAUCGUCAUUCAAUCCCAUUUUGAGACUUUAGAAUUGCUCUGCCGAAUUUGUUCAAUGUGUGGGGGCCCAGCCCAUCACCCUGCUUGCACUGCUGGUAUAAAACAGGUGGUCAUUCCUGAAUCUCCCUUCAUCCUGCUCUCGACCCACAGGUGCCAAGUGGGGACACAGUCUCCCUUUUAUACCAGCAAUGCUCCCCUGUUUUAGAGACCCCCCAAAUCUGAACCAUAUAAAGUGGUAUUAUUUUGUUUUUGGAGGAUACAGUAACCUUUAAGUCUUGAAUGUGAAUAUUUUGUGAAACGUGGAUCAUUUUUGUUCCUACUUCAUCCAAAGCCCUGUUUGCUUUCGUUAAGUUCAUGUAUAUUAAUGGAUGGUUACAUGACACUAAAUGCUAUCUUUAAAUUAUUAUUCAUGAGCAUUAUUCUAUCGAAUGCUGUUCAUUCAUUUUAAUAACCGCUGACUGGCACACAACAGGUUAUUUUAAUCAUACAGCUGCUAGUCAGUUGGUUUAACCCUUCCCAUCCCCAGGAAUUUACUUUUUUAACGGUUCCCUUCGCAGAACAUGGAUUAGCCCAUUGACCUCUUUCUUUAGUGAGCAGAACACCCUCUAACCUUUGUUCUGAGUUGGGAUUUUUAGUACAGUGACCCCGUAGCCUCUAGCAGCCAAUCAGUGCAGGGCUUGCAUUCUGUCAGUAUAAUUCACAUAUUUACUGUCUUAAGUCUAUGGCCAGUAGUCUACAGGUGGCUGUUUAGAGAAUAUCUGAUAAUAAAACUGCAUGCUAAAUAUUUACUGCCAAGACGUAGUCGUAAUAACUGCUGUGAUGGAGGGCAUCUGAUAUUUAUCUCCAAACCAGCUAUAGCUCUCGGUCUGCCUUCAGAUUACAAUCAGACGUAGACCCACUAAUAUACAAGACGGUGUAAAAUCAUGAUUUGGUAAAUAGCACUGGAUUACAAACCAGCUUAGGUGUUUAACAAGGGAUCUCAGAUCUGCAUUCUCUGACAGCAGCUGAGGAGGAAGAAGCAGUCAUUGUGCAAAGCUGCUUACAAACUAUCCGCCGCCCUCGGUAAGCAAGCUUGGAUCAUUAACCUGGUACAAACCAUGUUGACGACUAACCUGUCUUAGUGCCCGUGAUCCAGACUCUCUUUCCAGACCAGGAUACGCGGUUUGUCUAAAAUAAAUGGUUUCUCUUCCAAAAUUCAGUAGCAAGCAAGAUGUAGAAUUAUAGUCCGAACCUAAGAGUUGUUAUAGGUAAAAUCUUUGAUACAAGUGCUUGUAUUUUUUAUUUUAUUUUUAGAAAGCCACUCUUUUUAAACAAAGUCUUACUCUCCCUUAUGGCAAAUCUAGUCCCUUGAAUUCUGUCUGAGUGCAUGUAAUGCAAAUUGUUGAACGCUACUUGGGAAACCCUAAGGGCAGAUUAGAAUGGUAUAAUUACAGGCCUUCCCUACAAAGAGCACAGCUCGAAUACCCCUCCAGCAUGACAUUUGGAGGACAUACACUGGACACCUCAUCUACCCAGACAGGGAAUGACUUACCUGAUGUCAAAAGAAAUCAAUAUUCAUUGCCUCUUUUAUUCAUUUUUCCAUGAAUCCAUUUUUGUAAAUUGUUUUCCUCUGUGUAUAAAAUCAGACUGUCUUUUUCCUCUUCAUUAUGUGUCAUUAAAAUGUUACCAAUGUCCCGAACAUAUUGUGCAUUUUUUUUUCUGUACAGAUAAAAUUGGAAGAUUUAAUAAAAAACCAAACUGUUAACCGGGA